UUUCCUCACCCCUUCUCCAACAAGAAGUCACCCAAUUCUCAAACCUUGCGAUGUUCAAUUGAAUAUCAAUAAGCUUGAGGAUGAAUUAGACCAGAUGGUUUAUAAAACCCUUCGCUAUUGUAUGUCCCCUUAUGGUUCCAGAAAGGAUGCUCAAAGCUAUCAUAAUUUCACAUCUCCAAUUUUUCCAACAAAUCUCCACUCAAAAAUACACACCCAAAGCAAAUCAAGGAUUGAUCAUAGCAAUAGCUGGCAAAGAAAUAUUGGAAGGAGAAUAGGUUCUCCUGUAUGCACAAAUUCCUUUUUCUCACCACCAAGACCAUCUGUACCGCUCCAGGCAGUAGACACUGCCAGGAGCAUUUUACAGAGGCUUAAAGUUGUAUAUAAAGGAUAUAGAAGCAUUAAGAAUACGAAUCCGACUCCUAUAUAGUUCCUUCUUACAAUAAAAAUUUCCUAUACCUCAAAAGGAAACAAAUAGUCCCAGGCAGCAAUGCAAGGUAACAGAACAGAACAAAUAAACUCCUUGAUAUCCUGAACAAGAACAAAAGUUAAAUCAUUUAAAUGAGCUCCAGUCAAGCGUAACAAUUCGAAUGCCAAGCUGGAUAACACAGCUUUUCAAGACUCUUUUACCCCAGUUUCGAAAAAACCAAUCAGACAACAGGCUAGUUUUAGAUUUGGUAAUGAUUUGGACAGACAUUUUAAAUUCGUGAAUCCUAUGAAAGAAACACUAGUUAACAGAAAUUUCACAAAAUCUGGUAAAAACCAACACCCGUAUAAGAAAUGUUUCCCUCAGAGCUUCGGGAAGCAAUAUAUCCAAAAAUUCCUCUUAAAAUCUCCAAACACUCAAGAAUCAAUCAACACCGAUGAAACCAUUUACCGUGCUACCUCUCCUCGCUCCAACCCAAAAUCCUUCCCUCGUAAAAGCCUCAAACUAAGCCUCAACCUGAACCUAACCACCCCAACCCUUCUCAACAUGCCUUCGAAGACUCCUCUCAAGCCCAAGGCUACUUCUUCCUUCUUCAGCAAACUGCCCUUAAAUCCCAGUGCCUCAAGCGAUACGGAAAUGUCUUGUGCUUAAAAAUCUACACAGACCACACUAGCUCUUCCCAAGACCAAAGCCAUUCAACAGAAAAACCAAAAAAUUCCAAAAUUUAGUUUGUAGGGGUUAACGAUUUUUAAAAAUUUUGAAAUUUGUUCUAGAUUUCUGAAGAAAUAAGUCAAGUUGAAUUUUAAUAUGGUGGAUUUUGAGGAGUGGGAAUUAGUGUUUUG